AUGCCUUCAAUUGUGUUUAUUUUUAUUAUUUUAUUUAUUUCCACGUCUAAAGCAAUUUUAAAUACAACAAAUGAUUAUUUUUCUACGACUGAAGGAGGUUUUGAAUGCUUUUUGUUUUUAUUUUUUUUAAUUUCAGAUUUAAACGAAACUGACUUUAUCAACAAUUUUGACUUGCUGGAUACUUUAACUUUCCUUGAUUUUAAUACAAAAGAAAAUUUGUCUUCAGAACAUUUAAUUUUGAAAGACAUUCAAAACAAAAAUGAAGUUAAUGAGACAAAUGUUUCAAUGAAUACGGAGGAAAACACGACAGACUUAUCUGAAGAAGACUUUGCUUUUGACAAUAAGAAAAGUGAUUUAGGAACAGAAAAUACAACAAAUAUGGGUGUCCCUGGAAAUGACACUAAUUCUGAAGAAGACAAUGCAUUUACUACUCCAAAAAUUAAAAAUUGUGUUCCUCGUUCUAUUUGCUACAAAGAUGAAGAUUGUGGUGAAAAGAAUGAAAAGUUUUUACCCGUUAGAUGGAGAAUAUUAAAUGGGGAAAGGGAAAGGAUAAUUAACUGA